AUGCCACAGAUAGGGAAGUCGGCGCCGGUGCCCAAGAAGGGCUCCAAGAAGGCGAUCACCAAGACGCGGAAGAAGGGCGACAAGACGCGCAAGAAGAGCCGCAAAGAGCGCUACUCCUUCUACGUGUACAAGGUGCUGGAGCAGGUGCACCCGGACACGGGCAUCUCCUCCAAGGCCAUGAGCAUCAUGAACUCCUUCUUCAACGACAUCUUCGAGCGCAUCGCCAGCAAAGCCUCACGCCUGGCCCACUACAACAAGCGCUCAACCAUCACCUCCCGCGAGAUCCAGACUGCCGUGCACCUCCUGCUGCCCGGGGAGCUGGCCAAGCACGCUGUCUCCGAGGGCAACAAGGCCGUCACCAAGUACACCAGCUCCAAGUAG